AUGUUAUCAACAACAGAUUUAGAAAGGCUAAUUGCCGUGAAAAGGCGUGAGAUUGAGAAGGAGAAAACGCAUCUCGGCCUUUCUGCACCUCCGGACUCCGACCACCAAGUGAACUUCGAAAAUGUAGUCAGUGAGAAAGAGGAUGCUACGGAAGACAAGAAAGACUGCAAGAACCUGUAUGAUCUCGAAGAGCACAUUCCACCAGAUUUAGAGAAGUACAUCAGGCGGUACCUAGGCCUCCCCGUUAUGUUGAAGGCGGGCGAGUACUCCCCGAACAACCCGCUGAUCCGCGCCGAACGCAACACCGGUGACGUGUUGCUCGCGCUGGGAGAGUACGAGCGGCGACGCAACACGCUGCGCAGACUUCGGCAGCAACAGUACAAGGACUAUCUCGACCAGCAAGCCAAAAAGAAACAAGAAGCCAAAGAGCAAGCAGAGAAGGAGCGCCGCGAGCGGGAGGAGAAAGAGAGACUGCGGGAAGAAAGGGAGAGAGAGAGACUGCUGUUAGAGCGAGAGAGACGUAGCCCAGUCCGACGGCCCAGCCUCAACUACAACACGCACGUUUCCAAUAAGGUGGACACCGGCGUGCAAGUGAACGGGCUCACGAAACCUCUCUCCGUAGCUGUUCAGACCGACGAUGCGGAGCUCUACAGGGUGUGUCCGUGGACGGCGCCAUGUGGCAUGACCCAAGCGGAGCGGGAGCUGUCGCCACGAGCGGCGGCCGAGCACGAACCCACUCACAAUGCGCAUGCGCAUCACACGCACGUGGCACACCCGCGCCCCGCCCCGCGCCACGCGCCGCGCUCCGAGCCCGUGCACAAGCCGCGCGACGAACCGAAAACCGAGCCGCGCCUCGAACAUAACAAAACACGAUCCGAGCUUCCACUAACCGCGAGCCUGGUGAAGCGUUCCAACCAGGACAAGUUACUAUCGGAGUUGCGUCACACACACAUGCCGUCCAUAUUCGACGCGGACGCUAUACAACUACGCAACCUACAGGCUGAGAAGGAGGCGGCGGAAAGGCGCCAGUUUUACCAACAAGAACUCAAAAACCAAAUAAUGGAACAACAGAGGAUAAAGGAAGAAAGGAAAUCUAGAGAGAAAUUGCUGGAGCAGGCAGAGAUGCGUCGUCUGGAAGAGCAGCUGCGGAUGCUGCGGGUGGCGCAGGACCGCGAGCGAGGGAAACAACUACACCUCGACACGCAGAUUACUGAAAACGCAAUAGAAUAUAAGAACAAGCGCAUAGAAAUGCAAAAGGAGAUCGAUUCGGAACAACAAAAACUCAACAAAGUCAAAACACAACCGCGCAAGAAAUCCACAACGAAAAGCGACAGCCAGUCGAAGUUACCGCCGCAGUACCCUCGGACGGACAAAAAGAAACCAUUCUCCAUAAACAUAUCCGAUAAUUCCUUAUUCUCGCCCAACUAUGACGUCGACUCGUACCUCCGAAGAAAUUUGAACUAUAACAUAAAGGAGGAUAAGAACAAAAAUUAUUUGACAGAGAGUCUUGAUUAUAAAUAUCCGAGUAUCGAUGACUCCAUACCGGUGUUGAGGCAUUCGCCGGUGAAAAAUACGGAGAAUGUACAAAAUAAUAACCUAAGCGAAGCGAUGAAGAAAGUUGAGGAUAAAUGGAAGGUGCCUGCGGUGCAGAAGAAUAUUUUGAAAUCUUUGCCAAACGAUGAGGGUAAGAAUAUAAGCAUUUUGACGCAAUUAGGGUCGAUAAGACGACAGUUGCAAUUGGAACAGUUGAAGUUAGACCAAAUGUCGCCCAAGGAAGACGCGUGACUGACGCUUUGGCCUGGCGUUUGUCCCGGGUUUUGCGCCAGGAAUUGAGCGAGUGGGAUAUCUAGCCGAUCGAACUAACUAAACAAUAAUGUUUGGUAAUUAAAGUCCAAAUGAAAAUCAAGAACACAGAAGAAAACUUCUGCAAAAAUGUUGACGAAUUGAAUAACUUUUUAGUCAGUGAAAUUUAUAUGUGAAGCAUGCUUGUUUGGGUAAAGUGUUAAGACAGAGGCAUUCCAGUAAAUAUAAUGAAAAGUAUGGUUGUGUUGAUAGCAAUUUAAACUUGUUUUAGGUGGAUCGUUCACAUUCAAUCAAGAUUUGAAUUAUAUUGCAUAAUAUAAAAUAUUUUUAUUAGCAUAAAAAUCAUAAAUAAAUUUAAAUUGAAAACAGUUACAGACACUUAAUUCUAUUAAAAAUAAAUUCAUAUGCAUAGCAUGUGUCUCGGGCUAUCGGAGACAGAGUUAGUCUUAACUGGUUUUAAUGGUCAUACGAAUAAAUUAAGGUAACAGAAUGCUUAAUGUACUUGUGUAUACAAUAAUAAUAAUUACUAACAGCCAUUUUCAAUAAACGAGAUAAUUAUAUCCGAUUUCAAUAAACGAUCUCAAUCUCAAUCUUUAACCCGAUUCUGAAUGAACCAAUAAAAAUAAGUCAUUUGUAAUCAUGUCACAAAACGUUGUUCUGAUUGGUCCAUUUGUGAGAUAGAUUAAAACAAGGUAUUUGGAUUGUAUAUUGAAAAUAAUAGCAUGUGAAUACAAAUAUAAUAUUAUUCAUUUAAUAUUUGCUUGAAUGUGUAAGGUUUGCCUAAAACUCUUCAAAAUAGCGCAGACUACAAAAGUAACGGACAGUAAUAGUUUUAAAGUAAAUACUGUUAAACUAUAUGUUUAGCGUAAUGAUUACAAUUGUAAUGUCUAGCAUCUUUCAAAAUUCUCGUGUUACGAAUUUCAACCUUCCGUGCUUGGCUUUUGAAUUUACAUUGGCGUGUAAUAUUGCUAUUAUUGGUUUAAUAUAUAUUUGAUACUAAUGUAUUAUAAAAUAGAAUAAAUAAAACGGAUUGGAAUUCGUUGUAUUGAAAGGCCAUUAUCGAAUAUUUUUGUAUGAGUCAAAGGAUUUUGGCUUCACAGUUGUGCAGGUCAGGUCAGGGUCAUAUUUUAUCAAUAUAAGUAAUUGUUGGACCUUUAAUUAUGUAACUUGUGUUAUCUUAAUUUUUUCACUGACAACGUAAAAUGGAUUUUACAUUAACAAGGAAACUUGGAAACAAUGUUUAACAUGUAAACUUGUGUAUUUAUGGCAUCUGACUUCUGUAAAGCUUGCGGGACUUGCGGCGAGUUGGAUUUGUACAAUAUUAUUGCAAUAUUGCCGCUAGUAAACGCAUCUGGAAAUUGUUUCGUAAUAUAUUGCUGCGAGAAUUUGCAAGUCUAAAUUUAGCUAAGACCCUAACACCCACCACCUCUUAAGCCUUGCACAACUGCGUAAACCCGAAAUGUACAUAUUAACACACAUUUUCAAUAAAUAAUCCCAAUAUCAAUCUCCAAUCCGAUUCCCAGAAUGAACCAAUCAAAAUAACUCAUUUGUAAGCGUGUCAAAAAUACUUUGUUCUGAUUGGUCCAUUUUUGAGAUUGAAUAAAGCGAUUGGGAUCAUUUAUUGAAAAUGGCGGUUAGAAUGAAUCAUGUAAAUAUCUCAUUGGUUUUCAAUAUUUGAAUGUAUGAAUUUCAUUAUACUUUAUAGUCUGAAGUCGAUUUUGUUUCGGCUAGGAUAGUGGCAUUCUUAGUAGAUUUUAUCGACUAAAAGUAGUUGCUGCUCCCUCGCCAUAUUACGAAUAUAAUACUAACUUGUAAUACGGCAGUUGGCUACAUAUUGUAAAAAAAAACGUCGCAUUGAUAACCUCCUUUUUGAAGUCGCUAUUAACUGUAUGAAAUUCUAAAUAAAUGUAUAAUAACGAAUGAAAAUCUGUCAUGUCUCAUACAUUACGAGAGAAACAGUUGUAAAACUACACAAAUAUUCCGGUUGCUUAUUAUAAUAAUUGAAUCAUGGUGAAUUUUAAUAUCAAAAUAAUUGAAUUUGCUACUGAUUGUUCUACGAUAUGACACAAAUGGACCUAAAAAUUUUUUAAAAGAUCUAAUUCAGUUGUUUAGUCGACUGCCUUAUUACAGCAUUUCCUUUACGCAAGAUGGGUGAUUCAAACUAUUUUUAAAUGUGAAAUCGAAAAUUUGUUAAUCCCCAUCUUGCUCUAUACUUAAUUCUUAAUUAAAUAUUUGUAUAGUCAUGAUUUCUUAUGUUUACGCGAAUGUUAGACAUUGAAAUAUAACUAUUUUUACGGAUUUUAUCACUGUGAGCUCAUUCUGUGUAGAUUGGACUGUCAACAAAAAUAAAAAAUAUAAUUGUAAAAUGUAGGUAGAUAUUGUAAUUUUGAAUUUUCGGAUGACCAACAUCUCAGUCCGCCUCGCUACAACGAAGUCUUCAAAACGUUUAGAAAAAAAUAUAAUAUAAAACACCGCGAUAAAAUCUUUAAAAAUAGUUUUAUUUCAAUUCGUAUGGUAAGUUCCAGUAGUAAUAAUUCAACUGCGUUACAUCCGAAUCUAUACUAUUAUAUAAAACUGACGAGUUUGUUUGUUUUGAAGCGCUAAUAUUAGGAACUACUGGUUCGAAUUGAAAAAAAAUAUUUUAGUGUUGGAUAGCUCAUUUAUUGAGACAAGAUAGGCUAUAUAACAUCACUCUAAGACCAAUAGACGCACAGAAUCAAAGAAAAAUGUAGGAAAAGCGUGGUAAAUUUAUUCCUUUUGAGAGCUUCCGUUAUUUGCGCUGUGUAAACGCGAGCAAAAACUAGUAGGAAGUAAAAAAUGUGUAGUAAUCUUCGCAAUAGGCUAGUAUGCAUGUCGCUACGAAUUUUUUUACUCAGUAGUGAGUUUUGUUAUGUUGUGUGUCAUUAAUCUACUUCGUUAUAAAUUGUUAUGUAAUCAAUAUCGACGCUUGUAAGACAAUUAUAUCUAAGCGACAAUUAGCAAACUUGAGUACAGUUAUUUAAAUGUUUGAUUUUACUAAGAAAAUUCAUAAACCAUUUACUUUGUAAAAAUAAAGAUUAAUACUAUAAAAAUUGUCCUACAGGUUCAAAAUCUAGAUCAAAUGACGCAUAAUAGUCUGUCUAUUUCAAAUAAGUACAUAACUCACUGGUACAUUUAUCGCUUAGAUAUUACCUUUUAAGUGUUGCUAUUGUCAGCUUUUUAUAAUUUUUUAUAUGUUUUAGUGUCAGUAGUGCCAAAAAAUUACUUCCUUUCAGAACUGUUAAUCUUUAUAUGUUUAAUUAGUAGGAAGAAUUUUCCAUUUUCUACCUUUACAUUUCUAGAAUUAUUCUCCUGUUAAUAAUUAAAAGAAAAAUCUGUAUUGAAUAAAAAAAUUAAGAAAAGGCUUGAAACCUAUGACAAAGAUAGUAAGAAUUCUUCCUACUUUAUAAGGAUUUAUAGUUAAAUUUCUUCGUUCCAAAUGAAAAUGUUGAAUAGAUUAAACAAAGGCUAACAUUAAAGCCGUCCUUUUUCUGUUAUAGGAAGGUAUGGUAAAGUAUUUUUUACGUUAAGUGUAAGUAAUAUUGUUUAAUUAUUUUACGCGUUAUAGCUUUACAGCAGAAUCGAGCAUUUAAUGACAACUUUUUUGCGUUCCCAAUUAAUUUUCGUCGGGUGUUAUACAAUGGAAAAUAUUAUAAUUAUAUUUUUUUUAAUAAUGCUUUUUUUUAAAGGAUGUAUGAUUUUUUCCUUGCACAAUUGUUUAAAAAUCGCAAGACUGCGCAUAGAGGUAAGGAUACGAGCUUGGCGGGAAGGAAAGUGAGAUUAAACUUAAGAUGUAUUGUUAUUUUUUUAUAAUAGCGAAUUAUAUUUUUACAAGUGUUAUCGCUAUGUUUUUUUACGGUUCAAAGGACCGCCGUGGCCUAACUACGGUGAUUGAUUGCCCCGCGAGACGCGUAUAAUUUUUUGUGCGAUUUUUAAACGCAACCGUCUUGUUCCUCGAACGGUAGUUUUAAUGUGCCUUAGAAGGAAGAAAGUUGAUCGACUAUAACAAAGAAUUCUCACGUCAAAAUGACAUUUGAGCCUUGAUGUAAUUUGGGAUCUCAUGUCAAUUCCUAAAUUUGCUGUGGUGAGAAAAAAAGGCAUUGUAAUCCUAUAGUAAUAAUUAAUUCUACUUUAAAAGAACAGUAAAAAUAACAACAUUGAUGAAUAAAAAUGGUAAUAAAGGUUAGUUAGGUGGCAUAAUUUGGGAAGUGUUUGGGUGCUUAAAGCGGGGCCGUUAAGUAAAGCCAGAUGGCGCUUAGUGCGUGGAGUUUGAGUAUAUUUUUUGUCAGCACGAUUCAUAUUUUGUAAUGUAUACCAAUGAUAAUACGCCCAAAACAUUUUUGUUCAAUAAAAUAGUCAAUUUGUA